AUGGGGCUCUUGUCGCGAUCCAAACAUACGGAAAACGCCGAUUCGUUGGAGGGCAAUGGGAAUGCAGGCAUCCAGGUAUCCCCGGACCCGGAGAAGGAGGCGGGAGUGUACGAUGAUUCACCCGUCAAGUUCUUGAGCAUGCGAUCUUUUGCCAUGGGUAUCUUAGUGUCUAUGGGUGGCUUCAUUUUUGGCUACGAUACCGGUCAAAUUUCCGGCUUUCUUCAAAUGCAAAACUUUCUCCAACGUUUCGGCGAGGACCAGGGAAACGGCAAUUACAGUUUUAGUAACGUCCGCUCUGGGUUGAUUGUUGGCCUGCUCUCCAUUGGCACAUUGGCCGGUGCUCUCGCUGUCGCGCCGAUUGCGGAUCGCAUCGGCCGAAAGUUCUCCAUGUGUGUUUGGUGUAUCGUCUUUAUUAUCGGCGUCAUCAUACAAAUGGCCUCGGAGACCUCUUGGGUACAAAUCGCUAUUGGCAGGUUGGUUGCGGGUGCCGGGGUCGGCGCACUCUCAAUUAUGGUACCCAUGUACACCAGCGAAACCGGUCCUCGACAAGUGCGCGGAGCGCUCGUGAGUACUUACCAGCUUUUCAUCACAGCGGGAAUCUUCACCGCGGACGCCAUCAAUUUCGGUACCGAAAAACGCCCCAAUUCUGGCUCCUGGCGUAUACCCAUGGGGGUCGGUUUCAUCUGGCCUCUCAUCCUCGGCUUAGGAAUCCUUUUCUUCCCCGAAUCUCCCCGCUACGCCUAUCGCAAAGGCCGCGUGGAGGAAGCCAGGACAACAAUGGCCAAAUUUUACGGGGUCUCCGAAAACCACCGCGAAGUCCAGCGUGAAAUCGGCGAAAUCAAAGAAAAGCACGAUUUAGAAGUCUCCCUCGGCAAACGUCCCUGGAUCGAAUUGAUCACCGGCCCGCGAAUGGCCUAUCGAACCGCUCUCGGCAUCGUCCUACAAGCACUCCAGCAGCUCACAGGCGCCAACUUCUUCUUCUACUACGGCACCACCAUCUUCAAGGCCACAGGCAUCAAAAACAGCUUCGUGACAGCCAUGAUCCUCGGCGGUGUCAAUUUCGGCAUGACCUUCUUCGGUCUCUACGUCGUCGAGCGUUUCGGUCGUCGCAAGGCUCUAAUCGUUGGCGGUAUCGGCAUGACGGUCAAUUUCCUUAUCUUCGCUUCCGUCGGCGCCUUCGCACUCAAUAACGCGGAUCCCACCGCCACUCCUGCCGCCGGCACGGCUAUGAUCGUCUUCGCUUGCCUCUUCAUUGCCUUUUAUGCCACAACAUGGGGUCCCAUCAUCUGGUGCAUCGUUGGCGAGCUCUUCCCGUCCCACUACCGCGCUCGCAGCAUGGCAUUAGUUACCUCUUCCAACUGGACAUGGAACUUCCUCAUCGCUUUCUUUACGCCCUUCAUCAUUGGUGAUAUUGGAUUCAAAUACGGAUAUGUCUUUGCGUCGUGCAAUUUCGCGGCCGUGCUGAUUGUAUAUUUCUUCGUCUGCGAGACGCAGGGGAGGACGUUGGAGGAGAUUGACACCAUGUAUAUUAGUAAGGUGAAGCCCUGGAAGAGUAGUAAGUGGGUGCCGCCUACCACGGGCGAGGAGGCCGUGGUUGACAGGAUGGCUUAUGGAGACGGGGUCGCGGACGGUAUUGUGAAUGGGGGCAUGUAG